CAGUCCUUGACCGAUGUCGCGCUGUGCACUGGUGUCAUCACUACUGUUACGAUUAUAGUACGGUCUGGUCUCCGAGACUUAAACGCUUCCGCGUAUACCGAAGUCGGUUUUAUUAUAUAUAUUUAUAUAAUUUAGUUUUAUAAAUUCUUCGUCAUAAUAAAAUAAUUUCACGUUUAUUGCAUUUGUAUAUUUAUAGUGAUUAUAAUAUACGUAAAUUGUGUAAAAAUCAAAGCAGUUUAGUGUGAAUAUUGGUGGAACGGGAAUAUUCCAGCGAUAGGUGUAUAGGACGAUACGUGAAGGAAGAAAUUGAGUCGUUUAAAAUAUGAAAGCUGCCGGCGUAGUACUACAUCCCGGUAGUUGGUCGAGAUGGUCACUGUUUUUAAUUUUGUGGACAAACUUUGCCAGCGUGCUUGGUCGAACCGCUUUUGAAAAACUCACUGAAUUAGAUUACAAAGGCACUACAUAUUACACAGUAAAAAACUUGACGCUGUACGAGUGCCAAGGAUGGUGCCGAGAAGAGCCAGAGUGCCAAGCAGCUUCAUUUAGUUUCGUCUUAAACCCGUUGACGCCCAUACAAGAAACUGUUUGUCAAUUACAAAAUGAGACAACUGCCAAUAAUCCAGCGGCAGCCCCUCAGCGCUCUGUCAACUUGUAUUACAUGGUGAAGAUGCAAAUACGAUCUGAUAAUGUAUGUUUGAGGCCAUGGUCUUUCGAGAGGGUACCAAACAAAAUGAUUCGGGGACUAGAUAACGCGUUGAUCUACACGUCGACGAAAGAAGCAUGUCUAGCCGCCUGUUUAAAUGAGCACCGUUUCACUUGCCGUUCUGUGGAGUAUAAUUACGUAACACUCCAGUGUCAUUUAAGUGAUUCGGACAGGAGAACCACUGGUCAGUACGUGCAAUUUGUCGAAGCACAGGGUGUUGAUUACUUUGAAAAUCUCUGCAUCAAAGGUAAUCAAGCUUGCAAAGGAAAUCGCGUUUUUCAAGUGCCCAGGAUCGGAGUGGCCGACGACAAAGUAGCACAAUACGCCGCAUUGCAUUACUACAACGACAAGGAACUGCAGGUGACCAGCGAAUCAGCUUGUCGGUUGGCUUGCGAGAUCGAGAAUGAGUUCCUCUGCCGGUCGUUCAUCUUCAAAGGACCGCCGGUAGGUACGACGUACAACUGCGAGCUGUUCCAUUUGGACCACAAGACACUGCCAGACGGACCCAGCACGUACUUAAACGCGGAACGACCAUUGAUCGACGACGGGCAAAAGAUUGGCAACUACUAUGAAAACUACUGCGAGAAAUCCACGACACCGCCUCACGAACAACUGCCGGUCGUGUUCGAGAGUACCGACGAUCCGGCGUUGAACUUGACUAGAACCGAUUUGAACUGUGACAAGACAGGAACGUGUUACGAUGUAUCGGUACAUUGUAAAGAUACAAAGAUAGCUGUUCAAGUACGCACGAACAAACCAUUCAACGGUAGAAUAUACGCGCUCGGCAGAUCGGAGACAUGCAACAUAGACGUGCUCAACAGUGACCAAUUCCGAUUGGAUCUAACAAUGGCUGGUCAAGACUGUAAUACCCAGUCGGUGACCGGAGUGUUCUCAAAUACAGUAGUCCUCCAACACCAUAGCGUAGUAAUGACAAAAGCGGACAAAAUCUACAAAGUCAAGUGCACGUACGACAUGUCUUCGAAGAACAUUACAUUCGGGAUGAUGCCAAUCAGGGACCCGGAGAUGAUAAGCAUUACUUCGGCGCCAGAAGCACCGCCACCAAGAAUUAGAAUCCUUGAUUCCCGAGCAAGAGAAGUAGAGACGGUCCGAAUCGGCGACAAGUUGACAUUCAGAAUCGAAAUUCCUGAAGACACACCGUACGGUAUCUUCGCGAGGAGUUGCGUGGCUAUGGCCAAGGAUUCGAAGAGUACGUUCCAGAUCAUCGACGACGAAGGGUGUCCGGUAGACCCGACCAUAUUCCCCGGUUUCUCACCCGAAGGCAACGCACUGCAGUCCGUCUAUGAAGCGUUCCGGUUCACGGAGUCAUACGGCGUGAUAUUCCAGUGCAACGUUAAAUACUGUCUGGGCCCGUGCGAACCGGCUGUUUGCGAAUGGGGCCGAGACUCAGUGGAGUCCUGGGGACGGCGCAGAAGGUCGGUGUCUAGUGCUCAGCCUAACAACAACGACACUGCCGAAAACAGUGAAGACAUGACGCAGAUCAGUCAGGAAAUACUGGUGUUGGACUUUGGCGAUGAAAAACAAUCGCAAUUCUUGAAGAGCAAUGAGCCGCAGUACACGGAUUUCAACAAAGAUAAAACUAUCACCAUUGUGGAACCGUGCCCGACCAAAACGUCCGUACUCGCAUUGGGCAUCACGUGCAUGCUACUCAUAUUAAUUUACGUCAGCACAGUGUUUUGUUACUAUAUGAAGAAAUGGAUGACUCCAAGGAAAAUGAUGGCAUAGAAAAUGUGUCGACUAAAAAAAUUGCCUACUCUUGUCAAUAAGCCAUGGUUGAUAAUAUAUACUCAAAUUAAAACCAACAGACAAUAAUGAUAAAACAACAAUAUAUUAUGUACGUAACGUCCCAAAAAUGUAAUAAGUAAAAUAUGCAAUAAUUCACAAAAUUAAUUUCGUAUACUUAUGAAUUACUGCACAAACAUUUUUUUACCACUGUUUAUAUCGAUAGGAACAGUAAAAAUAGUGUAUCUAUUACACAUUACAGAAAUCGAAUUCAUAUAAGCUAAUGUAAAUGUUAUCGCAUCUGGUGACAAACUCAAAAUUUUUGUAUAUAAAACAGGUUAAGUCCUAUAUAAUUUGAAUAAUUUAAGUUCGAUUAUGUGCCUAUUGGAAUUUCGCGCAUUUCCAUACAGUAUAUAUUUUAUACAUCAUGUCCGUGAUCCUCCCCCUCCCCAAUACAAUUAUUUUUAUCGUCGUUAUAAAAUAAUUGUAUAUAUUUAUUUUGUAGUCAUACUUACAUGCAUAAUACACAUGCAUGAUACUAUUUACUAUAUGUGUGUAAAGUAUACUUGUCAUGAAGAUGAAAAACUUGAAUAAUAUAUUAUAAAUAUUUAUAAUAAAAUUAAAUACAGUUAGGAAAACCUUAGUAAAUUAAAUUCGUAUUAAGUUUUUCCUCUUCUUGAUGAGUAUUACUUCAUUUUAAAUAUAAAAUUUAAUAAGAUUAUAUUUAUGUCUCAAUCUAGGCGCUCUCUACAA